AUGAUGCGCCUCGAUACGGCCACCAUCCCACCGCCCACACAACUUUUAACUACUGACGAGAUCUUCGUGGACGAUGAACCACCCAAACUGGACGUGCUGAAAGCUCACCUCUUUGCGGAGGGUCGGCUCACCGAGAAGGCUGCACUUAAAAUCAUAAAUGACACUGCGGCCAUCUUUAAAGGUGAAAACAACCUGAUUGAAUUGGAAGCACCGAUCACGGGCUUGCACAAGAAUCUCAUGAAGCUGAAAUUGUCUCUGGCACGUCAGGCCGUAGAAAAUAUACCCGCGCCCAAGUGUGAACGAAAGCCUGGUGGUCAGGCCGAAUCUGACGACGACUCGGGGAUCCAGCGUCAAAAAUUUACUGCCCUGACUUCCGGUUUUGCGCCCGACAGUUCAACCAUCAAUUUCGAUGAUGCACAACAUAUCGCACUUUCUGCGGCAUCUACAUUACAGUGCAUACGUUAUGCCAGCGGUCAGAACGAAGCUUGUUAA